AUCACUUCCUAGCCUCCCCCUUUUUAACAUAUUUGAUCACUUUCAUUCUCUGAUCUCUUUCUUAUUAUUUUACGUGCAUGAAGGAGGUUCUAUAGGUUGUGAGCUUUUUUUUUCAUUAGUACUCUUGCUUGCCGGAGAGUUGACUUCAUCUUAUUUGACUGAGGCACUGGCUUUCGACUGCACGCUGUUGUCUCAAUAAGAAAAGGAAGCAACAUAAUCCUUUCUUUUUUACCGGCAAAAGAUUUUCUUCGGAACUUCUCAUGGAAUUUGGGAUCGAUCGCUCACUGCUGUUGUCUUUUUAGAGUUGACUUUGGUUUAAUUUAAAUCUUUUGCUUUUUGCUUUUUGUGCAUCAGCAGCAUCUCUACUGUAUCGGCUCUUCGUUGAUUCACAGUGUAUAUCGGUUGUCUUGCUUUUAUUAUCACUUUUUUUCUUUAUUGGUUUUCCUUCAUGGGCUUUCUGAAUGGCUGACUGCAAGACUCUGGAUUUGGCCUCUGAGUGCGCGGCUGCUGCUCAGUUCGUCAACACAUCAGGUUUAAAACAUCACCUAAGGUGUUUCUUCAUUUAAAGGAACAUAUUGUAUGUUUUCUUUGCUUCCGUGAAGUGUCAGAGGACAGCCAAAAAAACAUAAAGCAGUCGUUUAUGCAUUUUUUAAUUAUUUUUGCUCGACCGGUUACAGUCUGCUGCGUUAUUCUGAAACUAUAAAAACACUACGACACCAAAAAAAAAAAAAAAAAAAAAAAAACGGGAGACAAAAAGUUUCUUAACGUUGACUGAUAGAUAUGGCAAUGGUAGUGUGGAGGGGCUCCCAGGACGAUGUCGCCGAGACGCAGGGCACCCUCUCCUCGCAAGCACCUCAAGGAGGACCGCUAUCACUCCCCACUCCUCAACCAGGCCAGCUGAACCUUGGUGGUUCGCAGGUCGCCCCACCGACCCAACAGACAACCGUUCAAGGUGGACCACCGAACAACACGACACAGUCUACGCAGUCGAACCAGACGACCCAGAGUCAGGCAGAAAAACAGCCCCAGCACAUCGAGUGCGUUGUUUGCGGCGACAAAUCUAGCGGUAAACACUACGGCCAGUUUACAUGCGAGGGGUGCAAAAGCUUCUUCAAACGGAGUGUGCGAAGGAACCUCAGCUACACAUGUCGUGCCAACAGGAACUGCCCUAUCGACCAGCACCACCGCAAUCAGUGUCAGUACUGUCGCCUAAAAAAAUGCCUCAAAGUUGGCAUGAGACGGGAAGUUUCUCUUUUUACUGCAGCUGUACAAAGAGGACGGAUGCCACCCACGCAGCCACACCACGGUCAGUUCUCCUUGACAAACGGGGACCCCCUACACUGUCAUUCCUACCUAUCCGGAUAUAUUUCGCUUCUUCUGAGAGCGGAGCCCUACCCGACAUCCCGAUAUGGCAGUCAGUGUAUGCAGCCAAACAACAUCAUGGGCAUCGAGAACAUUUGCGAACUGGCGGCCCGGAUGCUCUUUAGCGCCGUGGAGUGGGCAAGGAAUAUCCCCUUCUUUCCCGACCUACAGAUUACGGACCAAGUGGCCCUACUGAGGCUGACCUGGAGCGAGUUGUUUGUGCUGAACGCUGCACAGUGUUCCAUGCCACUGCACGUGGCGCCUCUUUUGGCGGCGGCGGGCCUGCAUGCCUCUCCCAUGUCUGCGGAUCGAGUUGUCGCCUUCAUGGACCACAUUAGGAUCUUCCAGGAACAAGUUGAGAAGCUGAAAGCUUUGCACGUCGACUCAGCCGAAUACAGCUGCUUAAAAGCCAUAGUGCUUUUCACCUCAGAUGCUUGCGGUCUUUCAGAUGUGGCUCACGUGGAAAGUUUGCAAGAGAAAUCGCAAUGUGCUCUGGAGGAGUACGUCCGGAGCCAGUACCCCAACCAGCCGACUCGAUUUGGGAAGCUCUUACUUCGCCUGCCCUCUCUUCGUACGGUCUCAUCUUCGGUCAUAGAACAGUUAUUUUUCGUCCGUUUGGUAGGUAAAACCCCGAUUGAAACCCUCAUCAGAGACAUGUUGCUUUCCGGAAGCAGCUUCAACUGGCCCUACAUGUCAAUUCAAUGAACAGGACGAGCGCACGAGGAGUCCCAGACGACACUAGCUAGCGUUUCUUUUAGAAGGAAAGCCGCUACACUCGUUUACUUACACGAAGACAAUUUCAAAGCUGACUGUGAAUUAAAGAAAUGAAACGAACCGAGACAUUCAGUGAACUUUUACAAUUCAGACAAAAGAUCCCGUGUCAUUCUGAACAACUUGCUGUGUAGGCUACACUGCUUUUCGGUAAAGCCUUUCAGAAUUGAAACUUUGAAGUGCAUUUAAAAGGAAAAUUUUGUUAAAAUUAGGAGAAAAUUGAAAAAAGUCAGUUAACUUUUCCAAAAUAUUAUUGUCCUGUGUCAAUGUAUCUAUAGCUGUUUUGUAUUUAUUCUCCUUCGUGGUUCCAAACCGGAUAAUGUGCAUACAGUUUAAAAUAUAACCAUGGCUUAAUAAGUAUCAGUCUGAGAAAUCUAUUCUGAGAGAAUUAAAACUAAAUCAACGGCAAUACAUUAUUAAAACGUUUGGACAAUGCGUGAUGCUGGGCGCGCACUUGCUGUCAAGGUGACCCGUUAUUUACAUAGGUCUUUGGGGUAAUUUGAAGAGUUCACGUCCCGUUUACUUUUAGUGACCCAAAAUGGAAAUAUUUCAUUCGGUAGGAAAAUGUAUUGUUAGGAACUGGGGAUUUCUCUUGAAUAGCACUCUUUAGAGCCUUGUGUCAAAUGUGCUCAACGCUUCAGUUCUAGACAUUUCAUAUAUUACAACGCAACCUUAUUUUUCUUUAUUUUACAACGGUUUCAUUGAGUUUGUAGAACAAGGACCAUUCCCCCGUGUUCCUAAGUUUGAUGAGGUGCAUUUUUUAAAAGAGUGAGUUAAUGCUGAGUGUUCAACCGAACAAAUUACAUACUUAUUUUACAAGUUAACAUUAAAAUAAUAAACAAUGAGAUUAUUUUUUGUAUGAAAUAAACCAUUUAAUAGGAGAUGUAAUUGGCUGGUGGCUGUCAUAUAAAUUGCGAACUUAUGAUGGAAGUAUUGGAGAAUCAACAUUUUAAUAUUUACAGACUUGCAAGAGGUGACAAGUGACUUUAAAUCAGAUUUCCCUCAGCUUAUUAUAUGCCAUUUUAUACCUCUAUCGGUCUAAUGAAUGCCUACCACCAAUGAAAAUGUUUGGUAAUUUAAAAUAAAGCCGAGAAGGGUCAAGGGUCACUUUACCUUUUCAUAUUAGAGCUAAUAUAUUUUUCAGAAGCAGCGUUAUGUUCUCUGAAUUGUCAAAAUGUAAUUCAUAAAUAAUGGCCGAUACAGUUCAAGCAUCAAGUGCCUGUAAAGAUGGACAUUUUUAAUUUGCUAUUAAAUUGGUUAAUAAAGUGUUAGGAACCUGGGGAACAGUCUAAGGUUUGAAACAUCAGUCGUAUGAUUGUGCAUUUCAUAUACAAAAGACAGCAAUUAGAAGCAGUAUUGAUGUAAAUAUAGGUCAAUUCUUUUCAAUGAGUUCUCUUUUAUACAAAGUAUAUGUGAUUAAGAAAAUUUGUGGUUGCCAUUUUUUAUUUGGUAAUGCAACAUGUCUUCAAAAUGAGUGACAGACUUAGCCAGUAGCACUGAAAGCUGUUUUAAAUGUAUAUACAUAUUACAAAAUGUUUUUUUUCUCUUUUCUUUUUUCUUAAAAUGUAUUUAGACUGUGAAUGCAUGGCCACAGGUCACUAACCUAUUUUACAUUUAUAUAUAUA